AUGUCAUCGCCUUCGAGCAUUAGACAAGCUAUCCAUAGCCCUGUUACGUUGUCUAAACGAGGAAAAGGAAAUCUUCUUCCUCUACCAUCUCGCAUCAUUCGAAAACCAGAACCCAAUUCUGUCUUAAAAUUUGUACCAACCGGAACCAAAGAACAUCCUCGUAGUAAAGCAGAGUGGGCACAUUACUUCAGACAGAAGGGUCGAUUGGUCUUAACACUUGAUAUGGGACACGAAGCAACAGAUUUUCGCAAUACUUUAAAGAAUAAAUUUCUUCAUCCAUGGGGAAAAUUUUCGGAUACUCGAUUCGAUAUUGUAGAUCCAUUACCUGAUCGGCUUUUCUAUUUAAAAUUGUACAAAGACGCCAUCGAUGAACUUUGUAAUAAUUCUUCACCACUUUUCAAUGUCGGUCCAUCAAGCAAUCUUUCUGUACAAAAAGAUCCCCGAAUCGGGACAGCUGGUCUGCAACAAGAUGAUUAUCAAAAGAAGACCUCACUUCAGCCGCCACAGGUGAAUCAUCAUUUGAUUGUUCUAAGUUUUGCAAAAGGAUCGGCGAUGCAUCAACUUCGCGAACAUUUCUUAAAGACUUUCGGAAAACUUGAGAAUGAAGAAAUACAGCUUGGGAUGGAGAAUUUGGAAAAAGAAAAAAUGAAAGCUCUGAUACCAUUGGGUUUUGUUAAGCAAAUGGGCUUCUUAAAUGCGGAAACCGCACGGAACGUGAUUAUACAAUAUUUCAAGGGGGAUGGUGGGAUUCAUUUGGGACAUGCCGUGGGGUUGAGUUUAUGGCGUUGCCAUUACGACACGCUUCCAGCGAGACCAUGGGAGAACCCAGUGAUGAUGAGUAGGACAUGUUUAUAUUCGAAACAGUUCGAAGGAAUUCCGAAAAAGCAGAGUAAAUUCUUUUCGAUUGCCCCUGCUGAAUUGGAGUGA